AUGGCCCUGGAUAUGGCCCUGGUCAAGCAGCAGGACAGCCAGCGGGACAAGCAGCCGCACAAGCAGCUGGGCCUCAUGGUGGACCUGCAGGAGGGCCUGCCGGUAUCUAUGGAGCUGGCCGUGGAGGCGGUGCUCCUCCUGCAAUGGGUUGGGGAGGAGGUGGUGCCGGUGGCCAAGCGGUUUAUGGCCAGCCGGCCUACGGUCAGCCAGCUUACGGACAACAAGUCCAAGGUCAUCCAGCUCAUGGACAGCAAGCUCACGGUCAGGCCGUCUACCGCCAGCCAGCUUAUGGCCAGAACAUUCAAGGGCAGCCAGUUUAUGAGCCUCCUCUCAGAACGGGUGGGGCAAGAGGCGCACCUGGCGGCUACCCUCCUGAAAUGGGCGGGGGAAGGGGAUGUUGAUAUCUACGGUGAGCUAGGCAUUGCUCUGUGUGCCUGUAUAUGGUAG